AUGUCCGCUCCCAAGCAAACCGAGAUAGUUUCAAAUGAUGCGGACUUCGAUGAUCAAGGCAAGUCAGGGCACUAUCAUCCCCCUUCUGCUGUUCGCCGAAAGGAGCAGGAAGCGAUGUACAAAGUCACAGCAGAUAUGGUUCAAGAGAUUACCUGGCUGGAUCAAUUGAGCUUUGCUGGAUUCGAUCAGGAUGUUCCGGCACUUGAGGGAAUGAAGCAACUGGAGGCACUUGUCAAGGCUAGGCGUUAG